AUGAGUUUAACAAAAUGGAUAGUCUUCCUAUCCAUAGCAUGGUCUGCACUGACUGUUCCAGUGACGACUAGUACCACUCCCUCUCUAUCUAGCCAGCGUUCGGUUGGCUUCUGCGUCGCUGACAGGAAGGUGUUCCCCAGCCUUCUUCCAUCUGGCCAGAUAACUACCGAGUCCUUCAGUUUCACUGACUAUGGUGUAUGGUAUCUAGCUGGCUACUCUAGUGAUGAUGGUAUCCGCAUGCUUUGGAGACUCGAAUGCAACCAAUGGUUACCUGUUGCUGAGAAGGCUCUCUCUAAUAUCGAGGCUUCAGGCAACGAUAUGUUCGUGUUCGGCAUCAGCGAGGGUGACGUUGUCGUUUUCGAUCCGGAGAGUUACAAUGCUUAUCGUACAAUAGCUCUGGCGGAUCCUUCUAAGGAAUACACGGGAGUCACCUUUGAUCAAGACUCGAAUAUUCUAUAUGUAACUGAGAAGGCUACUGGGCGGAUUGCUCGGUUCAUAGGUCAGGGGGGAGUGUGGACUCCAAUUGACCCCUUGAAUGGUUCGGAUGUUCUCAUCGAGCCCACUAUUUUGCGUUUCACACUCGGUAAACUUUACGUUAGAGUGAAUGGCGGCGUUGCCUAUGCUACAAUGGACGGGUCUGUGAAUCCUCAGUGGUCUUUUGUUCCACUGGAUAUUCAAGGUGACCAGAGCUUUACUGCUGCUCCAGACGGUUUCCUCUACUACCGUAAGUCUAUCGACUCGGUCUAUCGUCUCCCAUUGGAUAAUCUGAUCGGCGCGGGUGAACUUUACGCUGGUGGAUGCGGCUGUGGUCUGGCGCCAAAUCAAGUGUGUAGCUCGGGCAACGGCAAUCUUGUGAACUUCAAUCCCACUGGAGGCAUUGUCAUGCAAGACUACUCCGAGGGACCUGACUUCCGCUUUCUUAACUGGUGUGGAGAUUUCUGCACUUCUACUACGACUAGUGGUCCCUCGACCAGUAUCAUUCCAACCCGUGGUCCUCGAACAAGUACAACUUCAACAACCCGUGGGCCUGUGUUCACUACCACAACUCCUGGUCCUCUGACCACUAGCACUACGAGUGGUGGCCAUACGACUAGUACUACUACUUCCUCACCAACUGGGCGGUGUUCGGGCGAUUUCUGCGUCGCUGACAGGAAGGUGUUCCCCAGUCUUCUUCCAUCUGGCCAAAUAACUACAGAGUCCUUCAGUUUCACUGACUAUGGUGUAUGGUAUCUAGCUGGCUACUCUAGUGAUGAUGGUAUCCGUAUGCUUUGGAGACUCGAAUGCAACCAAUGGUUACCUGUUGCUGAGAAGGCUCUCUCUAAUAUCGAGGCUUCAGGCAACGAUAUGUUCGUGUUCGGCAUCAGCGAGGGUGACGUUGUUGUUUUCGAUCCGGAGAGUUACAAUGCUUAUCGUACAAUAGCUCUGGCGGAUCCUUCUAAGGAAUACACGGGAGUCACCUUUGAUCAAGACUCGAAUAUUCUAUAUGUAACUGAGAAGGCUACUGGGCGGAUUGCUCGGUUCAUAGGUCAGGGGGGAGUGUGGACUCCAAUUGACCCCUUGAAUGGUUCGGAUGUUCUCAUCGAGCCCACUAUUUUGCGCUUCACACUCGGUAAACUUUACGUUAGAGUGAAUGGCGGCGUUGCCUAUGCUACAAUGGACGGGUCUGUGAAUCCUCAGUGGUCUUUCGUUCCACUGGAUAUUCAAGGUGACCAGAGCUUUACUGCUGCUCCAGACGGUUUCCUCUACUACCGUAAGUCUAUCGACUCGGUCUAUCGUCUUCCAUUGGAUAAUCUGAUCGGCGCGGGUGAACUUUACGCUGGUGGAUGCGGCUGUGGUCUAGCGCCAAAUCAAGUGUGUACCUCGGGCAACGGCAAUCUCGUGAACUUCAAUCCCACUGGUGGCGUUGUCAUGCAAGACUACUCUGAAGAAUCUGACUUCCGCUUCCUUAACUGGUGUGGAGACUCCUGCACUUCUACUACAACCAGUGGAGCUCUAACUAGCACUACUACUGCUCCAACUAGUGGUCCCACGACUAGCGCUGUUAUUACUACAACGGCAAGCACUACAGUGCCUACUAGUGGUGUUGAAACUUCCAAGACUUUUUCUCCUCACCUGUCAUGUGAUGGGUUUUGUGCAUCUCAGGUUCCGGGAUCUUAUUGUAAGUACUGGGCUAACCCCAGUGUCUGUUGGGGUUCCAACACUCCAUGCAGCUGCUCCGAUUGA